CUCGGCCACCCAUUAUCGGAAGUCUCGGUUUCUCCCAACAUCCCAAUUCAACAAAACUUCUCUCUCUAUUUCUCACCCAAAUACUGUCCCAAACUCCCUCUUCUCCGUGUUCUGAAUUGGGUUUGAGAAUCUGGAAGAUCGAAGAAUUGUGAAAAACACUCAAAACUCAUAAAUUUUCUUCACUGUUUUGAUUCUUUUGAAGGGGUGUUUCACAAUUCGCUGCGGGAGGUUCUUACACAUAUAAAAGGGGGAGAGAGAACAGACGGAGAUGGGCUCACCUAAAAGUCCAACUCUUCGGCCCUCUUCUCUAAUGGACAACCUCUUGGGUCUUCUCAGAGUUCGCAUCAAGAGAGGCGUGAAUCUUGCUGUGCGCGAUGUUCGCAGCAGCGAUCCUUAUGUAGUCAUCAAGAUGGGCAGACAGAAACUGAAGACUCGUGUAAUGAAGAAGAAUAUCAAUCCUGAGUGGAAUGAAGAUCUUACCCUCUCUGUUUCUGAUCCUAAUCUUACAGUUAAGCUGACAGUGUAUGAUCAUGAUACAUUCAGCAAGGAUGACAAAAUGGGAGAUGCAGAGUUCGAGAUCAAACCAUUUCUGGAAGCCUUGAAGAUGCAGUUGGAAGGCCUCCCAACUGGUACAAUAAUUUCGAGAAUACAGCCAUGCAGGCAAAACUGCCUCGCUGAAGAGAGCAGCAUUGUCUGGAAAGAAGGCAAAGUUAUCCAAGACUUGUGCCUCAGAUUGAGAAAUGUUGAAUGUGGUGAAGUGGAACUCCAGCUGCAUUGGAUUGACCUUCCAGGUUCCAAGGGUCUAUAAAGUUAAGAAAGCCCCUAACAUAGUGGCUGUCAUGCAUGUAUGGUGUAUAGUUUCUGCCACAUGACAUUGAACUGAUCUUCUCUUUAUAUUGCCUGUUUGUAUGGGGCAUGUAGCUUAGUAUAUAGGCUUGGAAUCUUUGUUUUUUUUGGCUUCUGUUAUGCAAAUACUAAACUGCAUGCGUUCUUCUAUAAUGAAACCUUGUUAAGCUACCAA